CAUACUGUAAGAAGUGUAUGGUGAUGGUUUCUGAUAUUUGAAACACUUUUUAGUUAAAAAAUAUACUCUAGUAACGUUAUUCAUGGUAAAAAUGUUCAGCUAAAGUGUUGAAUUGGUUGGAAAUGGGGUCAGUGACCAAAGAUGGUUGGUAAAUACGCUGUAUUUGCGUAAUAACCACCAGGAGAGGUGAGGAUGCAAAACACUGACCCAAAUGGAUCCUUGAAACAGCAGCAAACUUUGGAAAGCGGUACUGUUGCAACCCCUGUGGUGUCUUUACCCUCCACUACGUUUCAACAGUUUACACUUGCCGAUCACCUUCAAGCAUUUGAGUCUGCAGUAUCUGUUGGUCUUGUUCAAGAUGUUCAAGCAAACAUUGAAGUGGGCACGACAACGAUCGCCUACACUGUACCGACCCAGUCAGUCUUGAGUAGCCAAGUUCCUAAUCCACCAACAGUUGCAGCUCGCAGUCCGAUCCGAAAUGUCAGUUCGGUGUCAGGUGUUUCUGCUGGGUCAGUCGCUACCUCCUUGACUGUCCAGCAGGCUGUAACUGCACUUCAGAGACAGCUGAGCUCGCAAGGAUUAGCCGGCUUGACAAAUGGUGCACCCCAGCCACCAGCAUCUAUCACGGCCACUCUACAACAGCCACUUGUUGCUGUUGUAUCAUCCCACUCGGAUGGCCGCCAGAUGCAACAAAAUGUGUACCUCGCUACGACAACCAGCAUCAGCACCUCUCCAUCAGGCGGGACCAUCUACCACCAUGGUCAAUCCCCGGUCCGGGGCACCCCGCCCCUAUCCAACCUUCAGCAAAACAUCAUUGGCAUGAAUGUCAACCAACAAUCACAGGUACCACAAAAGAGACCGGGUUCUGCUGCAUCAGCAUCAACUGCAGUGUCUCCAGUUAUGUCCCGUGUGGUGCUGGAUACGAGGCAGAUGUCUCUGGGCACCAUAGCAUCGACUACAAGAAACAUAUCGGGUGGCCCACCAAAGAAGAAAAUUAAGCUAGAAGAGAAACCGCCGGCAACUCCAGAAAUUGCUCACCAAAGAAAAAUUCUUCUGGAACACAAACGUAAAGAAAUGCAAGAAAUAAAAGAAAACUACAUUGAACAUUUGACAGAGCUUUUUUUCUUGCAAAGUGGGCGGAAUGUAAUGGAGUAUCUACCCUGGAAGAAGCGGCCAACGCCACAGCUUGUAAAUUUUUUGAAGUCUGAGAACCUCGACAGCGAUGAAGAGGAGGAACAUUUGCAAGAAAAGAGAAUAAAUGAUGAGGUUAAAGUUUUGACAACAUCUGGAAGUAAUGUUCCUCUGGCAACACCAAUUGCAAUAUCUACCACAUUGCCACCAUCUGUGUCGGCACUGAGUCAACAAGGUGUAGACAGCAAAGCGAACCAAGGAAGGCCACCUUCUUCUCUAGCUCUCUCUGUGCCUGUUUCCACUGGUCAUUUAGGGUUAUCAAUGGCUACAUCUACCAUGAGCGAUGGCACUGUCAACACAACAGCUUUGUCAACACAGUUACAGCUACAGCUCGCUAAGAAUGAUACAAAACCACUGCUGACUGGUGGAAUAACUCAGUCCAUUAAAACUCCAGUAUCAACUGCUAGCAACAAGCCGUCACUGUCUGCUGUGUAUGACAAUAGUAUUGGUUCUCAAGAAGCAAUAGUGGAACGUGCAAAACAGGAAGCACAAGUUAUGCAGCGUGUUGCUGAUCUGAGGAAAACUGGCUUGUGGUCUGCUCGCCGUCUUCCAAAAGUCCAAGAACCACCGCGGAAUAAAGGUCACUGGGAUUACUUGCUGGAGGAAAUGACGUGGCUGGCUGCUGAUUUUGUACAAGAAAGGAAAUGGAAGAAAGCCUGUGCUAGAAAGAUUUCAAACAUGGUAUCAAAACACUUUAGAGAAUUGGAGCAAAAGGAAUUGAAAGCAGAAAAAGAAGAGGCUCAAAAGUUGAAGAAAAUUGCUGGCCAAAUGACCAAAAUUAUUAAAGAAUUUUGGACAAAUAUUGAAAAGGUUGUACAAUAUAAGCAACAGAGCAGGCUAGAAGAGAAGAGGAAGAAGGCGCUGGAUAUGCACUUGAACUUCAUAGUGGAUCAAACUGAAAAAUACUCAACCUGGCUCACUGCUGGUCUGCAGGGAGGAGAAAGCGUCAUGUCGUCAGUUGGUGACUCUGUUGCGACAUCUCCAGAUCAUUCUAGCGAUGUAGGAGAUGAUAUGGAGUUCCGUCCUGUCGGCACUGCUAGUGAUGACGAAGAAACAAUAGAGAAAGAAGAAAUAGAAUCGGGAAUGGAUGAGGAAGCCGAGAAGAAAGAACUUGAAGCCUUACACCAGGAAAGUGAACUUCCAAUAGAAGAGCUGCUAAGAUCAUUACCAGAGGAAGUUUUGGCCAAACCUGCAACUAUUGAGCCUUUGGGUGACAAAGAUGAUGAAACAACCGAUGACAAGAAAAAGGGUAGUGAUGGAGAAUUUUCAGCCAGUGGUUCUGAAGAGGAUGUAGAAGAAACUAUAGAAGAGGAGGAAAAACUGGAAUCCACCAGUUAUAAGGAGGAAUUGAAAGACCUUGAAGAUGAAGGUGAAAUGUCCAUUGAAGAAUUGAGGAAGAAGUAUGCAGGAGCUUACGACAGUGACUUUGAGAUGCCUGAGGAUUCUGAAGAGGAAGAAUCAUCUUCUGAAAAUGACUCGGAUGAUGAUAUUGAGGCACAAAGUGACGAGGAAUCGACCACGGAAUAUGAAGAGGAUAGCGAGCGAGAACAGGCCGAGUCUGAUGUGGGUUUGGAGUUUCUGUUAAAACCAGAAUCAGCUGCCAAGACCAUCAUGGAACCAAAGAAGGAAUCUGAUAACAUUGCUGAACCUAGAAAAGAACUGACGGACAUUGCAGCAGAAGCAGAAAGCUUGCAGCCCAAAGGUUACACAUUGGAAACAACAGACGUGAAAACUCCAGUUCCACAUUUGUUGAAACACAAACUACGCGAGUAUCAGCAUGUUGGGUUGGACUGGCUGGCAACAAUGUACAACAAAAAACUGAAUGGCAUUUUGGCAGAUGAAAUGGGUUUAGGCAAAACUAUACAGACCAUUGCUGUGUUGGCUCAUUUGGCUUGUGAGAAAGGUGUGUGGGGUCCUCACCUUAUUGUGGUGCCUACCAGUGUGAUGCUUAACUGGGAGAUGGAACUAAAAAAAUGGUGCCCUGCUUUCAAAAUCCUCACCUACUACGGCACACAGAAAGAAAGGAAGCAAAAGAGAACGGGCUGGAGUAAAACCAAUGCGUUUCAUGUAUGUAUAACAUCGUACAAACUAGUUAUACAAGACCAUGGUGCCUUCAGGAGGAAGAAAUGGAAAUACUUCAUAUUGGAUGAGGCUCAGAAUAUAAAGAAUUUCAAAUCGCAGAGGUGGCAGAUGUUGCUCAACUUCUCCAGCCAGCGCCGACUACUACUUACGGGUACCCCUCUCCAGAACAGCUUAAUGGAGCUGUGGUCUUUGAUGCAUUUCCUUAUGCCACAUGUCUUUCAGUCACACAAAGAGUUCAAGGAAUGGUUCUCAAACCCUCUUACUGGAAUGGUGGAGGGCAGCCAGGAUUACAAUGAUGGCUUAGUCAAGCGUCUGCACAAAGUUUUGAGGCCAUUUCUUCUGCGGCGGUUAAAAGACGAUGUUGAAAAGCAGAUGCCGAAGAAGUUUGAACAUGUUGUGAUGUGUAGAUUAUCCAAGCGCCAGCGUUUCCUGUAUGAUGAGUUCAUGUCCCAAACAAAAACAAAAGAAACUCUAGCGACAGGACACUUCAUGAGUGUGAUCAACGUGCUGAUGCAACUAAGAAAAGUGUGCAACCACCCUAAUUUAUUUGACCCCCGCCCAAUUAUCUCCCCUUUCCAGAUGCAAGGCAUUGUGUACAGAACGGCAUCUUUAGUGUUAAAAGCUUUGGAGUAUGAUCCAUUUGAGAAUGUUGACCUUCAUGCUCUGUAUCCAAAUUUGGCUGAAAUGGAGCGCGACUUGCCCAGGUUUGUUGCCCACAGAAUUAAGAAGCUUCAAACAUCAAAGAAUUUGAUAGAAGAAAUUGAAGAUGAGCCUGAUGCUCCUCCCCGACCAAAACCAGGGAAGUUGAAAACACCAACAAUCAAAACUAGCUGUCCAGCUGUCCCAGUCAGUCAGUCUGGUAGAUCUUCACCUUUUGUUCCCAUCAGUCAAGCUCGGGCAGCGUCACCGUUUCAAGUUAUUAAGACAUCGGUCAGUUGUUCCACACCUACAGGAUCUGCCCCACAACUCUCAACAACAUUCACCACAGGACCUGUUCCAUUGAAGUUGGGUGUUGUAGGGCAACCGCAGUUCACUCAGUCUCCAUUGCCACGUACUUCCAUACCAAUGUCCAUACCAGCACAGGCUAAGGUCAUUCCUCGGCAACAAAUACAAGGUGUAAUCAGCAGCACUGCCACACCCAUGACAUCACAACCGAUUACAGUCCAGAUUCAACAGACUGAACAAGGAACACGUCUAAUGAUUCCCACUGGCCAACUAUCACAACUUCCUGCUGGUUUGAUCCAGAUAGUGCAGACAUCUAGUGGCCAGCAGUUAAUUGCUACCUCAACCCCUUCCACGCCUAUCCAGCCUGUGAUACCAGUUCAAAAUACUGCUUCUGUACAAAAUACCACCUCGGUUCUUGUUAACUCGCUGGUGAAUGGUCCAACAACAGCCAUACCACAAAUUGUCAGUACAACAGCUGUGACUUGCACUUCAUUGAUAUCACAGGUGAAGACUACUCCUUCCAUUCAGCUUCCAUCUGGCCAUAUUUUGUCUGCACAAAAACCUGUCAUGCGUGUCACUCCGAUGUCGGCAACACUUGGCGUUUCGGCCACUGUUGCCCGGACAGUUCAUAGUGUCAUUUCUAGAAUUCCAUCACCAGUUAUAACUACCUCGGCAGCAAAUGUUACAAAACAGAGAGAGCAGGACUCCAUUGUAAAAGCUGCAUUAACAAAAAGUGCUGCAAGAGAAAAAAAGAAGUUGGCCAGGUUAAAAAGGUUGAAAGAGGAGGAAAAAAGUGAAUUGUUUUUGCACUCUUUGAGGUCCAAAAAGUGCAAGUAUCAGAAGGAAAAGCUGGACUAUAUAUAUAGGACCAAUAAAAAACGCUGUGAUGUGAUUCCUGCAUGUGGCCAGGAUCUCCAUGAUGUUGUUUGUGUGUUCAAUAGUUUAAAGAGGACUAAUGUUGUGAACAACACGUGGAAGAGCCUCGGGCACGUGGUAUGCCACUGUGCUCACACUGUGAAAAACCCAUAUCAUCCAGACAUCUACUGGACCCAGUCCAGCUCAUUGAAAUCACUUGUACAUACUCCACAACAGUAUUUAACUGAACUAGAAGAUAUUCUCAAACGUUUUGUGUUUGUCACGCCCACGGUGGUUGCUCCACAAAUACAAAUGCAUGUCAGUCAUAUGCAUCCCUCUAUAAGAACUAGAGAGGAAAGACUAAGAUAUGAACUACAUGAAAAACUUCAACCAUUAAAUGUUUCUUUGCAUAAAAUAGCAAGUAAAAUGCAAGUGCAAUUUCCCGAACUCCGUUUGAUACAGUAUGACUGUGGAAAGUUGCAGACAUUAGAUGUUCUGCUUCAACAGUUGAAAAUUGGGUCACAUAGGGUUCUAAUCUUCACACAGAUGACAAAAAUGUUAGAUAUCCUUGAAUCCUUUCUCAGUUACCAUGGACAUCGCUAUCUGCGACUGGAUGGUACUACUCGAGUGGAACAGAGACAGAUUUUGAUGGACAGAUUUAACAUGGAUAAACGGAUCUUCUGUUUCAUCUUGUCGACACGUUCUGGUGGACUUGGUGUAAAUCUGACUGGAGCUGAUACUGUGAUAUUUUAUGAUAGUGACUGGAAUCCGACCAUGGAUGCACAAGCACAAGAUAGAUGUCAUCGAAUUGGCCAGACCAGAGAUGUGCAUAUUUACAGGCUUAUAAGUACAAUGACUGUUGAGGAAAACAUCUUGAAGAAGGCAAAUCAGAAGAGGCUGUUAGGAGACCUGGCCAUUGAAGGAGGAAAUUUCACAACAGCCUUCUUCAAGGAGAACACCAUCAAAGAACUGUUUGAUGAACCUUCUGGUCUGGAGGCACUAGCUAAAGAAAAGGAAAGGAAGGAGUUGGAGAGGCUGAAGUUGAAGGAGGAACAGAGCACUCCGUCGCCCAAGGCUGACGGGUCGGGAGAUACCGGGGUGCUCGCUCAGUUUGAACAGGCACUGUGCAAAGCUGAAGAUGAAACUGAUGUCAUUGCUGCCAAGCUAGUGAAAGCCGAGCAGAAAGCUGAACUUGCAGAGUUCGAUGAAACUAUUCCCUGGGAUGAACGAGAGGCAGAAAGCAAAAAGGAAGAAGAAAUAUCAAAAGUGGAACUAGAACUCAUGCAGUUGGACAAAGAGUUGUCUCCGAUAGAGCGAUAUGCAGUUGCCCUGAUGGAGGCACAGAUGGAUCCAGACAUGAUUGAAGAGCUGGACUUCACAGAGGAUGAUUUGGAAGAAGCUAAACAAAACUGGGAGCUGGCUCGACUUAAAGCUCUGAAGGAAGAGGAGGAACUUAGGGCUGAAAUUGAAGAAGAUGAAAUGCUGUACACGUACUCCAAAGAAGACAGUAAUCAGGUUUUUAUCUCGGAUGUGGAUAAAGAAAUUAUGCCAAUGUGGGCUCCUCCAACGCCUCCGAAGGAUGAUAAUGACAUCUACAUUGAUCAGUCGAUGUACUUCCUGUACGAGCCCAACAUCAUGACCGAGUCGCAGCUUCCUCCCGUUUAUGUUCGUAAAGAAAUCAAGAAACAGAGGAUUGAAACGGUUAUAACUCGAAAGCAGAAACAACGCAAAGAAGAACAGCAGCCUCGUGCCCCGAGAUCUCUCUUUGACCGACCAACUGCCGCGCUGCUCAAAAUGAGACGGGAAGCCAAGAUAAUGAAACUAAAGCAAGGUCUCAUCAAGCCCUCAUACCGUCCAUCAUCUACACUGCCGGUCGCAAGCUCACAAGCCAAACCCGUCAAUGUGAUGGACCAAACUCCAGAUCAGCCUGAAUGGCUUAUCCAUGAAGACUGGGCACUUUUGCAGGCUGUCCAGACUCUGUUGAACCUUCCACUGAAUCUCAUCAUUGUUGCCCCUGCACACAUUGCUAACUGGGACUUGGUGGCCGAUGUCGUCAGCAGCUGUAGCCGGGUGUACCGGUCUCCAAAACAGUGUCGAAUCCGCUAUGAAACUGUCAUCAUCCCACGGGAGGAGGGACGAAUCCUUUAUGACAUCAGUCCUAGGAAACAAAAGAAAACUAAAGGAAUUUAUAAGACGAAGAACAACCGCCCAAUGAAGACGAGUCAGCUGUUUAUUCAAGAUGCUAACCACUCGGUUACCAUGUUGUUUACGCUCCGUUUCGACUCCAUCAAGGGUAUUGCAACCAAGCGACCGCCGACCCUGCGCCAGACUCUGGUAAACCCGACGAUGAAGAACCCGAAACAUGCGGCCGUUCUUCAGGAGAGUAACAUCACGUACGACCAGCCACUGAACCCGCUGCAGGUCGCCGCAAACCGGGCCGAGAGAAUCGCUCGGGAGAAGAAACAGAGUCAGGCGGCUGCAGCAGAACAGCAGCUGGCUGCCCAGCGUACACAGACCCAACAGGCGCAGCAAGCGGCGACGACCCCAGCACAGGCAGGCAGCACCGUGGCAGCAUCGGCUGUAGCUCAGACCAUUCAGACACAGCAGCUGCAACCCAUAGUCUCUGUUGGGGCCAGUACUGUUGCGCCUGCAGGUGCCGUACAGAAACUGGCUGUUGGUCAGGGCUUGACCUCAGUGUCGAUUGCUCGUACGCUGACUGCUGGCGGUAACAUAGUAGUCAACACACAGGGCCAACGAUCUUCCAAUGCCUUUGCAGCUAUCAACAAGCGUAUGAGUCAAGCCACGCCCACUACAAUCUCUGUUGGUGGAAGUCUCACCCAAGCAGUACGAGCGCAGACUACUGGUACACCUCUUGCAGUACACGAGAUAACCACGGUAACAACACAGGCACAGGUCGCCGGACAGGCAACAGUGCAGAGGGCAGCAACGGCUUCUGGAAACCUGACAGCAGCACAGCUUACAGCAACACAGAGAAUUCACCAAUUGCCAGGAACAGCUACAACAGUUCAACAGCAGCUACAAGCGAAGACCCUGUCACCUCAACAAGUGAAUAUUCUCAGACAGCAGUCAGUGGUCCGCGGUCAGAUGCCACAACAGCAGGCGCUGAGGACUCAAAAACUAGCACUCACGACUGACCAGUUACGCCAGCCAAUCAAACGUCUACAGGCUCCGGUGAUGGCCCAACAGAAACUUCUUACUCAACCUUUAUUGACACAGGCUGGUCUGAAGCAGGGUUUGUUGAAGCCUGCGGCCAUGAAGCUGACGGAGGAGCAGAUGAAGCGCUACCAGCAGCAGAAGGCUCAGCAGGCCACCCAGGGUAUUCAGCUACAGGUGACACAGCCUAAUAUCCGACAGAUAAUAGCCCAGGCUCAAGUGCAGCAGGUUGGUCAGUCAACUGUGACCCAGCAGUCUCCCGCGGUGGCCACUCUAGUGAAAUCUGUGUCUGGGACACCAGGGCAGGGCAGCGUCUCCAUCCCUGUCAGUAUCAACGUCAGCAUGGGGCAGCAGCACAAAACAGGAAUACCUGCCUCUCGUGCCACUGUGAGCCAACUACAACAACAGAAACUUCUGCAGCAAGGGAAAGCACAGACACAAAAAAUUGCAACAAUCGGUCAAGCUCAGAUGAAAUCCCAGGCCAUUCCCUUCAUAAUUCCUCAGCAGAAAGGAAUGCAGUUCACUGGGCAGCUUCUCCACCAGAUAGUCAAACAGUCGCAGCAUCAGGGUCAGGGUGCCACCAUUCAGCAGAUCAUCUCGGGCGCCAAUCAGCCCACCAUCAUCGCCACGGUGACGCAGAGCCAGCCGCAGAUGGUUACCAAGGUUUCCCUGACGAGCAGUUCCCCACAGGGCCAGGUUCAAACCAUCUCGGGGACAUCGCCAAUAACUGUCACGCAAGUCUCCCCGGCCACUCGAACCCACGUUCCGGUGACUCUAAACAUCGCACCGGUGUCCAUGCAGGGCGGGACGGUGUCGCUGCAGAGCGGAACGGCUACGGUGCUGAAACCAACAGCUGUGACGGCGGUAGACCAGUCGGCAGCCAGUACAACGGUUCAGGUCCACCCGGUACAGACAGUCGCGCAGCAGAAGAUAGCCACGAUAUCACAGAGUCUGGUCACCCAGCAGUUACCGACUCAUCCACAGAUACAGCAGAUAACAGCCGUUUCACAGACGAUGACGUCAUCUCAUUCGCCAGUUCCCGUACAGGCGACCACCAUACAGGUCCAACCCACGGCCACGACACAGCAGGCUACAUCAUCGCCGGUGGUGUUGACGCAGGCUUCGUUAGUCCAGCAGGUGCCCCAGCCAGCUGCCAUGGCAACGGUGGUGACGCAGCCCAUUCAGCAAGGUCAUCAGACGUUGGCGUCCCCUCAGGCGCAGUUGGCAAAGCCAUCUCCUUACGCGAUGAGGACGAGAAACCAACCAAAACACUAGUUGUGAUUAGAUUUAUUUCUUCUUUUUUUUUUAUCAUAAACAGCCAAGUUUAUGGUGUCAGCACAAAGGUUUUAUCCACUAUUUUAUGAAGUGUGAUAUUAUAAAGAUACUGAGGAAGAAUUUUUACAGUGCUUUUUUCUAGUUAAUUGUUUUGGAAUCAUGUCAUAAGGCAGUAGUUACUGUGAAACAGUUGAGAAAAAUAUAUCCACCCACAAUAAAACUAAUUUUCGCCAAAUUGAUGUUUUCUGUUUACAGAAUUGUAAGCACAUAUAUUGAUAA